UCGGCAACAACUCAAACUGGAAACUGAUUGCCGUUCAACAAAUUUUUUUUUUUUUUUUAAGAAAAGACAGUGAUAUAAAACGACAUAAGUCUUGUGUUUUGUCAUUGGGCUGUCUUUUCUCUUCUUUCUUGUGAUCGCCCUUGUCUUUCCUUAGCUUUGCUUUCCUUUCCUUUCCUUUCUGCCGCUUCAAACAAGAAAGAAAAAGCCCUGGCCCUCAUAAGAAUUGAGAACGUUGAUUGAGGAAGAAGAGAGAAAGAAACCGGAGGAAUCAUACGCUUUACAACUUCCGCAUCUGAAACAUUGUUUAAAGGCUGCUCAUCUUACCAAGAAAGAAAACCCAACCAAGGCAUGGCGUGCUCAUUCCCUCAUUCUCUCUCUCUGUCUUUAAUUUCUGACUUACGAAUUUCAGAACCUUCUUCUCUUAUUUUCAGAAAUUGGUUGUGCAAUUCAACCCUACAUUAAUUUGCUGCACAAAUAAAUUCCCAUGAUUUUGACCUCUACCCAUCACUGCUCCUACACUAUACACUGUGUUUGUGUUUGUGUUUGAUAUCUCUCCUCUCCAUUUUUUCAAUUUAAAGUUGUAAUUUUUUCCUUUUAUCAGAUUAAGUAGGAGUAGUGAAGGGAAAAAAAACCCUCCAAGAGGAAAGAAAAUAAAGAUAAAAAAAAUCAAAUGUUAAUUUGGUUGAAGAGUUUGACAUUUUAAGACACCAAGUUUGACUUCGACCCAUUUGAUGAAUUGAACAGAUCAUCAUGUCCAUUUAUGUAAAUUGACAGAGAGCAGAGCCAUAGGUAGCUUCUCACCUGGGUUCAUCGUCUCAUUCUACGGCCUUUCCUCCUUUCUCUAUCUCCUUCUGUUUCCCUCAGGGGUUCCAAAACUUGGGGGGCUUUUCUUUUUGUUUCUCUUAAUUGCCGGUGACAGGGGGUGGCCAUGGAGAACAUAUUUAGCAAGCUUCGGAAUUUAGACGCAUACCCAAAAGUCAAUGAAGAUUUCUACAGCCGUACACUCUCCGGUGGCAUUAUCACCCUUGUCUCCUCUCUUGCCAUACUCUUCCUCUUCUUUUCCGAAUUCAGAUUAUACCUGCAUACCGUUACUGAGACGAAGCUAUUGGUGGAUACUUCGAGAGGAGAAACCCUACGCAUAAAUUUUGAUGUCACUUUUCCUGCUAUUCCAUGUACACUACUCAGUAUUGAUGCAAUGGAUAUCAGUGGAGAGCAGCAUCUUGACAUAAAACAUGACAUAAUUAAGAAAAGAAUCAAUGCUCAUGGUGAUGUGAUAGAAUCCAGACCGGAUGGUAUUGGAGCACCAAAGAUUGAGAGACCUCUGCAGAGGCAUGGUGGCAGGCUUGAACACCAUGAGACGUAUUGUGGUUCAUGUUUUGGUGCAGAACAGUCAGAUGAUGACUGUUGUAACUCAUGUGAAGAUGUUCAUGAGGCAUAUCGGCGAAAAGGGUGGGCAAUGACUAAUAUGGACUUAAUUGAUCAGUGCAAAAGAGAAGGCUUUUUCCAAAGGAUAAAAGAUGAGGAUGGUGAAGGAUGCAAUAUUCAUGGAUCACUUGAAGUUAAUAGAGUUGCUGGAAAUUUUCAUUUUGCACCAGGGAAAAGCUUGCAUCAUACAAAUAUUUUUCUAGAUGACUUGCUAGCUUUUCAGAAGGACAGUUAUAAUAUAAGUCACAGAAUUAACGGGUUAUCUUUUGGUGAAUACUUUCCUGGUGUGGUAAAUCCUCUUGAUGGGGCACAGUGGAUACAUGAAACUUCAAAUGGUAUGUACCAGUAUUUCAUCAAGGUGGUCCCCACAAUAUAUACUGACAUCAGAGGUCGCACUGUUCACUCGAAUCAGUAUUCUGUGACAAAGCAUUUCAAGAAUUUGGAGUUCAUUCACCCUAAUUCUCAUCCUGGAGUUUUUUUCUUCUAUGACUUUUCUCCAAUCAAGGUAACUUUUAAGGAGGAACAUAUUUCAUUUUUGCACUUUAUCACCAAUAUAUGUGCUGUAAUUGGAGGUAUCUUCACAGUUGCGGGGAUAAUUGACUCAUUCAUAUAUCAUGGUCAAAGAAAGAUGAAGAAGAAGAUGGAAAUUGGAAAGUUCAGAUGAUAUUUGCUUAAUGUUCCAGGAUGCUGCCUUGGCUUCCAACACGACAGUUUUUUUGAUGAUUCGAAUGAUAAAUUGAUCAUGCUUUCGUAGGGAUCCAUGCUGCUUUAUGCCAAAGAUUAUGUGACAUAUUGGUCAAUCAUUUGAGAAAUUGUUCGAUUUUGCCCAACCACUGAAUCCCUACUUUUACGUUCAUGAGAAAAAGAAGUUAAAAUGGAAAGCUAUUUCCUAGUUUAGAUUGCUGAAAUUAAUUUAAUGAUUUUUGCUUCCAAGUUUGAUUAAAUUUUUCGUCAUUCUGCAGAAUGAAUUGUUAAAACUGCAGUUUAGAAGAAUCUAUGUACUUGUAAUUUGUAAUUGAUUUUUUCUUUAUAAUUCUUAUUAACACAAGUACUU